CUGCGAUAUGCACUACUACGUACUAACUUCUCCUAUUAAAACUCUCGUAUCAUAUUCCACAUCCGCGCGACGUCUACUUACCAUGUAGAAACCGGACACAUUGAUGUUAAUUAAGGAUUAUUCAAAAAGUGAUAAUUAUGACAAGCAAUAUUUUAUUUAAUUAUAAUGGGUUCGAAAAAGCGCGUGCAUAGAUCGCCCGUGAUAGCCAGCAUAUCAGAGAGAUGGACAUACAGAAGCAGCACUUGUGCCCGAGACUGGUGGACUAUCUCACUAUCGUCGGAGCCAAACCUUACACUUCGGGGAAGGGACUCGCCCCCGUACAGGCUCCUGAACUCCUACGCCGUUACCCACUGACCAACCACGAUGACUUCCCGCUGCCCCUGGACAUGGUCUACUUCUGCCAGCCCGAAGGCUGCGUGUCUGUGGGAGCGCGCCGCGCCCCCGGACACUCGGCCUCCAGGGAUUCCUCGUCAUUCGUUUUCACUCUCACUGAUAAGGAUUCUGGUAAAACCCGAUAUGGCAUCUGCGUCAACUUCUACCGCGCGGUGGAACGCGCGCCGACGCCGGGGACGCGGGAACGCAGCAUGAUGCGACGCGAGUCAUGGCGGAAAUCCAUGGAGAAGAGCUCUGACUCCGCCUUCUCCAGUGACUAUAGGAGCAGCAAUGUGGCGCCGAGCGACUCGGAGCGGGACUGCAGCGCGACGCUGGCGCCGCGAGUCGCCGCCGCAGACUCCGAGAGCGGCGGCUCGCACUCGCCUAGUCCGCGCGCCGCAAGGAAACGACAGCGAAUUCGGAAUCAUUCCCUGACAUCGCUGUGCCUCCUGUCGCACCACCCUUUCUUCUCCACAUUCCGAGAGUGCCUAUUUAUUCUAAAGAAGUUAAUAGAUGCGUGCAACGAGUCUUCCAGUCCACGGCGCGUCGGGGCGUCGAGACAAAUAUUUAGGGAUACGGUUUGGUCUGUGCUCACCGGGCAGGCCUACGACAACACACCUACAAUAGUUCUCCAUGACGUGAAAGAGAUUGAGACCUGGAUUCUCCGUCUCCUUUCCGCGCCGGUUCCGGUGCCCGGCAAGACGCGAAUUGAAUUAGAAGUGUUGUCGCCCACUGCGCACGCGCCGCUCCUCUUCGCGCUGCCAGAUCAUACAAGAUUCGCGCUUGUCGACUUUCCUCUACAUUUACCUUUGGAACUUUUGGGUGUGGACACGUGUCUCAAAGUGCUGACGCUCAUCCUACUAGAAAACAAAGUGGUAGUUCAAUCUCGCGACUACAAUGCCCUUUCGAUGUCGGUCAUGGCGCUAGUAGCCAUGUUGUACCCUCUGGAGUACAUGUUCCCGGCUAUCCCCCUACUGCCCAGCUGUAUGAGUUGCGCUGAACAACUGCUAUUGGCACCCACACCCUUUCUUAUUGGAAUACCCGCCACGUUCUUCACUUAUAAAAAGAGUUUUAGAUUACCCGACGACAUCUGGCUCGUAGAUUUGGAUGCAACAAAACUAAUUUGUCCCACUGGAAAUGACCAAGAUUUGCCCCCAUUGCCCGAACCUGAAGGUUCAGUACUCAAAAACCACUUAAAACAGGCUCUGAACAGUUUGACGAACACUACUGCGGAGCAAGCUUCGGCAUUACUGAUGCCGUCCAGAAGAGACAGUGUAGGGGGAGCCACGUUGAAGGUUCAACCUGCAUCAUUCCGGUCGUCUAGUGAUGGGGCACAAUCGGCCCCCCACAGCACUCCGGAAAGCCGGCGCGUCUCCAUCGGCGGGGGGGCGGUGAGUGCGGGGCACACGCCUCAGAGGAUGUCCUUAGCGUCCCCGCACCAGGCGCAGCCCUUCAACCCACUCAUUUACGGCAACGAUGUGGACUCCGUCGAUAUUGCUACUCGCGUCGCUAUGGUUCGAUUCUUUAACUCCCAGAACAUUUUGGCAAAUUUCAUGGAACAUACACGAACGCUGCGGUUGUACCCAAGGCCCGUGGUAGCUUUUCAAAUCAACAGUUUCCUACGAUCGCGGCCUAGAACUACGUCUUUUCUCAACAAAUUUGCGAGAACACAGGCUGUCGAGUUUCUAGCGGAAUGGUCACUUACCCCUUGCAACGUGGCGUUCUUGCGCGUACAAACAGGCGUAUUCGACCCGCGACAGAUCGGAGAUAAACCCAAGUGGUUCGCGGACUCCUUGCAACCAAUCCGCUUCGCCGUAUGGGAUGACGGCAGCUCGCUCAAUGGCGCCUUGAGGCAACUACAGAGGCAUGAGAACCAACCUACAGAUGAGAGUGGUUCAGAUUCCGAAGCUGCAGAAAGUACAAGUUCCUCGUAUUCAUCCCUCAGCGACUUCGUAUCAGAAAUGGUUUCGUCUGAUCUGUCACCAGGUGGCAACCCACAUCAACAACAUGUUAUUGGGGAAACAUACAGCGCUGUAGUUCAAGUUCCGAUGACGCUAUCUUCUUCUUUGGAUCCUAAAACGGUGUACAGCCCGCCGUCAUCGCUUAUGUUCGGCGGACGGUCUCCUCCGGCGGAGCGUGCUUCCACAUCGCCAUCUCCUUCCGUGUCUAGCUCCGAGCACAGCGAACUGUCGGACGACGAGCCGCCCGCCGACACGCAGCACGACCACGUGCUGCCUGUCAAGAAGAGCGACACGGACAGCGGUAGCUUCGGGCGAGAGUCUGACUCAAACUCGACGACGACGCCGAAGACGGUGGUGAGCCGCGCGCGGGCGGCGGACAGCGGCAGCACCAGCGACUCGGAGCGCGCCCUCACUCCCUCGCACAGGCACUCGCACGCUAAGAAUACCAGCAGUGGCGUAUCGCGCCAGGCGUCGCAGACGUCUCUCUUGGAGCAGUUCGCGGCGCAGGCCAAGGAGCUGGUGCGGGAAACCACGCGGCAGAGCAGCCAGGAGGGACUGCUCGCACACAUGGACAAGCUGACACUUCACGCAAAGAAAGCGGCAGAAGAGGCAUCUAAAAGUAUGCAAGAAGCGUCCAAAACGGCGCUGGAAGCAAGUAAGACUGCCACUGCGGUUAGCAAGAACACCUUUGAAGACCUCACGUAUGUUAGCAAGUCCACCUUCGGAGACCUCACAAAAAGCGCGAAAGAAGUCGCUGCAAAGAAGGGACUUCUAAUUAAGGGCGAAAGUCAAGAUUCAAACGGCAGCGGUAACCGACGCGACUCGACGGCCCUUCAAACCACUAAUCUGCUUGCGACUACGCAUCGUGAUUUUUUCUCCAACAUCAGUUCAGAUUUAAAUGGACUAGCAGCCUCCACAUCUAGCAUGUUUAGUGACUUCUUCGGCUCUAAAGGCAAGCAAGCGAAACCGGCGGAGUCUCCUCGCGGCGUAUCGGGGUCGACAUCGGCAUCGUUCGGUCCGUUCUCUCAGGGGGCCCGCGGUCUGGUGCAGCGCUCGCCGCUCAUCCGCCACACGUCGCCCAACACGCCGCCACACGUUGCUCAGACGCGCCCAAAUGCCAACUCCGAGAACCAAGCCUUUCUCAACGAUCUCGUGCAACAUGUCCUGGAGGGCGAAGGUGUCGGCUGGUUAAAGUUGAACAGGCUGAAGAAGCUGAUGGAGGACGAGUCCUACCGAAACAUGGUGCUCAGCAAAUUGAAUAGAAACUUCAACCGCAAAUCAACGCCUAAUGACAAAGUCGAUGAUGUGUUCGUAAGCAAGCCGGUGUGGAAAGGCAUGUUGAAAGUUCUUCAGGCUGUGGUUCACGGACUAGAGCACACAUAUUCUAAUUUCGGUCUGGGGGGAAUGGCGUCGGUGUUCCAACUAGCAGAGAUGGCACAUACGCAUUACUGGAGCAAGGAGUUAGCUAGCUUGGACCCAGGCAUGGGCGGUUCUGCGCUCUCGGACUAUAGACACGAUUUGGACACGCCCUCAUCUUCGCCAUCUUCAAGAAAGAGUUCGCAAGCGGAUGUCCCCAUUGUCAAUUAUCCUGACAUGGAUUCAGCCGAAGUUCAAAGUACCACAGAGAUGUUCAAAGACAUGCUCAACCAGAAAAGAAACCUUCUCUUCAGCAAGCUGACUUCCUUCGACUCAGACGCGGCGCCGUCGUCCGACUGUUCAGGCGACGAGAGCGGCUCGAUCACCACCAACCGAGCCAAUCUCUUCGACCACCGCGCCUCCUUUAAGUCCAACCUCUCUGAUACUGACGUCAUGUUCCUAAAUGUGGGUCGCAACAGCGGGCCCGGCAAGCCCCGGGCGGCCAGCGUGUUUUCCUCCAAGUCCUCCUUGAGCGGGUACCGGCCGCCUGUGACCGGGCCCGUCACCUCGCCAAUCACCUCACCCGACACUGCCAGGACCUACCUCUAUCAAGGACUUAUUGGCAAAGAAAGGUCCAACUUAUGGGACCAAAUGCAAUUCUGGGAGGACGCUUUUCUUGAUGCCGUGAGUCAGGAACGUGACAUGAUUGGAAUGGACCAGGGAGCUAAUGAGAUGAUGGAACGGUACAAGUGUCUGAGUGAGACGGAGAGAAAACGCCUCGAGCACGAAGAGGACAGACUGCUUUCGACUGCUCUCUAUAAUUUAGCUGCAGCCAUGGUACUUUUUGGUGUGGAAGCGGAUAUUAUAAGGAACAAAGUGCGGCGAUUACUCGCCAAAAGUCAUAUCGGACUUGUGUACAGUCAGGAAGUCAAUCACCUGCUCGACGUUGUCCAUACUCUGCACGGCAAUGACAUUGAGCUGAAGCCGCUGGGGUCGCGUCUACUGCGGCGCGCCACCUUCACCGUGCACGAGGCGGACGCGGCCGGCGAGCUGCGCUUCAUGGAGGUCCGCGACGACGGCCUCAUACUGCGCUCCACGCAAGGUACAAUCGUGGAGCGAUGGUGGUACGAGAGGCUGGUGAAUAUGACGUACAGUCCGAAGAUACGGGUGUUGUGCCUUUGGAGGAAAAAUGGCGGGCAGACGCAAUUACAUAAAUAUUACACAAAGAAGUGCAAAGCCCUGUACUACUGCAUCAAGGAGGCGAUGGAGAAGAGCGGGCGCAGACAGGACGCAGCCGAGCUCGGCGGCGAGUUCCCCGUGCAGGACUGCGCUUCGGGCGAGGGCGGCCUCAUACAGGUGUGCAUGGAAGGCGUCGGGCUUCUGUUUCAUCACAGCAAGUUUUUUGUGCGGCUCGAUCAUAUUCGAAAAUGCUUCACACAAAACGGCGGUAUCUUCGUUUUAGAAGAAUUUAAUCCAAAGACCAGACAAAUAAUUCAAAGGAAGUACAAAUCUAUAAUGGCGGAUCAAAUAUGCUACGCGGUAUUAUGCGUGUUCUCGUACUUCGCCGCGGGACAGGAGCAGAAGAAGGCCAUCCUGGAGCAGGCGUCGCGUGUGCCCCCCUCCCCCGCGUGCCCCGCGCCCCCGCCCACGCCCGCGCGCCCGCUCUCCCCCGCGCCCGCGCGUCGUACGCUCACUGACACCGAAACCUCGCCCAAAACGAAAACCAGCCCUCUGGCGGAACGUCGGUCUCCAGUGAAUCGCGCAGUGGAGUCGCGGGGAAGCAUUUCAGUAGAGAGUACUGUACCUCCAGAGAGCCACAACAAGAGUGUGGCAGAUAGUCAUAGCAAGAGUAUGGCAGAAAGCCAAGGCAGGAGUGUAGCGGAUAGUCAAGGGAGGAGUGUCGGGGAUAGUCAUAACAGGAGUAUGAUGGACAACCGCAGCAAAAGUUUCGCGAGCAGUGGGUUGGAACAAAGAAAGCAGUCUGACGCCUUCCCGGCGGAACGACACGACAGUGUAUCGCCCGGCAAACCAGAGGAGGCCAUUGUAGCGCAGGGUUCCCUGUCGCGGUCGGGCAGCACGCCGCCGCGCCGGCCGCCGCCGCCCGCGCCGUCCCCGCGCCUGGCGCGCGCGCACUCGCAGGCCGCGCCGCCGCGCCCCGCCGACCCGCCUUUGAUUCCACCUCGAACCGCUGGCGGGCGAACCCCGGGUCCGCCGCCCGCGCUUCCGCCACGGCAGAUGUCCGCCGCCGCUGACCUCGUCGGCUCGCCCAGAUCGGGAGCGAGUGUAGUGAACGCGCGGCGCGUGAGUGGCGCGGGGCUGGCGGGCGCGGCGCCCUUCGCCUCCACCAACCCCUUCACCUCUCCGCGACACGCAGAGUUCGUCAUCCCGCAGAGAAACAACUCCCGAAGAUCCUCUACUACCGAUCGAAACUAAAUUCUGUCUUUAAAAAUGACCACUGAUGCAAAUUAUUCUAUUUUACUGUUAUUAAAUAACAAAAUUAGAUAGGUAUGCCUACGUUAAAAGCUGUAAGAAAUAUGGAACAAAAUCACUGGUCAUUUCUAAAAAACACGACGCAUAGGUAGAUCGCUUACUGUCCCUGUAAUUUUGUACUCCUCAUAAGAGUUUGUGAUAUUUAACGGCCGCUGUAGAACACGAUGGCCUGCGCUGCGCGUGACCUGCACCUGUGUAGAUUGUUGUUGGCCAGACCUUAAUAAUGUGGAAUAUUUGUCUGAAGUAAUUUGUUAGGUGUUUUUAUUCUGUGAUCCUAAUUGUAGCUGAUUUGCCUAUCCUACUGUGUGUAUUUCACUUUCCGUUAACAGAUUAAUGUAGGUACUUAAAGUUAUCGUAAGUAAAUUGAUGUAUAAAAUAUUUUUUUUUAUUUUAUUAUAACUACAGAUUACUUUUUCCUGUAAGUGAACCAAAAAAAUUAAAUCGAAUGAAUCUUAUCAUCCCAUACAUGCCUUUAUAUUUGCAAUGACUUAAAUGCGUAAAAUAUUAUACUUACUUAAUAAUUUACGGUAUCUUUAACAUCAUUAUAUCAUCACUUGUUCACAAUUUUAGGCAUUUUUCUAUUGUUUUAAAGAAUACUGAAUUUGAUGAAUUGUUCAUAACAUAUAUACCUCUACUAAAAAUCAGAUUAUCAUAACAACCUUAUUAUGACAUAAUGCAUUUAUUUUCCCUUUUUAUUAAACUUUCAUUACCCGCAAGAAAAUAAUUUAUUUUACAUUCCUCGUCUCAGAGAAUAUAAAUAUAUUUAUUUCAACUAUAUAUAGUUGAAUUUCAAUUAUUUUUUUAUAUUUUACGCAGAUAAAUGACAAUGUGAUAACUUUAAUAUUUAAAUACCGGAAUGCUACUAAUUUGUUAUGUAGAGAUCAUUUUAGAUUAUUUGAUUGUACUAUACAACCCCAACCCAAAAACGAAUAAACUGUUAUAAGUAUUAUCUAAUUAGUAUGUAUUAAUAUCAUCAACAAAGCGUCAGGGUUUACCUAAAUGUAAAGAUCUAAAGAGUUAUUUUAUUGGAACAAUAAAGACUAUAGUCAUGAGUUAAAAUUA